UCACUCGGUAGAGACUUGGCUCUCCCUAUAAAUACCUCCUGCUCACUGCCUUCGAGAGCAAGCAAACAAGAGAGCUGCCUCCUCCUGCUCUUCCGAGUAGGAACUCACGUGUGCUUACGCCGCACGCCCGUAGCUCGGUCGUCGGAAAUGUCGACCAACUCGAGAUCCAACUCCAGGGCCAACUUCAACAACGAGAUCCAUGACAUCGCCACGCCGCAGAACUCCACCAUGCCCCCCAUGUACUACAGCGACCGAUCGCUGGUGGACAUCUUCCCUCCCCACCUCCUCAAGAAGGUCGUCUCGGAGGUGGUGGCCACGUUCCUGCUGGUGUUCGUGACGUGCGGGGCGUCAGCGAUCAGCGGCAGCGACCUGCACCGCAUAUCGCAGCUGGGGCAGUCGGUCGCCGGCGGGCUCAUCGUCACGGUGAUGAUCUACGCCGUCGGCCACAUCUCCGGCGCGCACAUGAACCCCGCCGUCACCCUCGCGUUCGCCGUGUUCCGCCAUUUCCCAUGGAUCCAGGUCCCCUUCUACUGGGCGGCGCAGUUCACCGGCGCCAUCUGCGCGUCGUUCGUGCUCAAGGCGGUGCUGCACCCCAUCACGGUGCUCGGCACCACCACGCCGACGGGGCCGCACUGGCACGCGCUCGUCAUCGAGGUCAUCGUGACCUUCAACAUGAUGUUCGUCACCCUCGCCGUCGCCACGGACACGAGAGCGGUGGGUGAGUUGGCCGGGUUGGCGGUUGGUUCCGCGGUUUGCAUUACGUCCAUCUUCGCAGGGGCGGUGUCGGGCGGAUCGAUGAACCCGGCGAGGACGCUGGGGCCGGCGCUGGCGAGCAACCUCUACACCGGCCUCUGGAUCUACUUCCUGGGCCCCGUCCUCGGCACGCUCUCCGGGGCCUGGACCUACACUUACAUCCGCUUCGAGGACGCGCCCAGCGCCAGCGGCAAGGACGCAUCGCAGAAGCUCUCCUCCUUCAAGCUCCGCCGCCUGCAGAGCCAGUCCGUCGCGGCGGACGACGACGAGCUCGACCACAUCCAGGUCUGACCGCUCUAGCAGCAGCGGCAGCAGCUAGACGACGCGUCCGGCGAAGCCUUGAGAUCGAUCACUCUACCUUGCUUCUACCUACGCUGUAUCAGUACUAGGAUAUAUAGUAGCUGUAAUCUCUCUCUCUCUCUCUCUCUCUCUCUCUCUCUCUCUCUCUCUCUCUCUCUCUCUCUCUCUCUCUCUCUCUCUCGUCCUCGCCUCUGUUGUGGUAGUACCGAUUGAUCGAUGCACGCAUGCGUAUGCACUGGCGCGAGUGCGUGCCACGGUAGCAGAUGGCUCGCUCUGAUAAUGUGCCAAGGAGCUGGAGCUUAAUGUUGGGACGAACACUGUGCGCGUGCCAAUGCAAAAGUGUGCUUGUUCCAAAAGUUUGGUGGUGCCUGUAUAAACAGUCGUCUCUUCUGCCCCUUCUU